AUUUUAGAGUAAUAACUUUCAUAUUGUGUUUCAUUCAGGAAAACGUUUUGGCUGAAUCCAGGAUGAUGAUUCCUGACUGCCGUAAGCGUCUAGAGGCUGCUCUAGAUGACCUCAAAGGAACUUUGGUUGAGUUGGAGUCAAAUCAAAAGGAAGGCCCUGAAAUUGAAGAGGCACAAAGCACCAUAACCGAAGUUGAACAGUUAUUUCAAACUGGAGAAGCAUAAAUUUCUUCCAUCAUCGGUGGAAUUCUAUCAAGAUUCAAGAGCUUCUAGUUAUUGCAUUAGAUGGAUAUUGGAACAUAUGUUUUUUUGUCUAGAUUGUGGUGUCUCUAUUACUGCUACUGCUAAAGCAAAAAUUUCAUUCCUUGACUACAAGUCCAAGAAUCAAAACUAAUCGAGUAAAAUCAUCUCUAGUUUGUUA